AUGGAAAGAGGAAACCAAACAGGAGCUGGACACUUUCUCCUCCUGGGAUUCACAGAGAAGCCUUUCUUCUUUGGGCUAUUUCUGUCCAUGUACCUGGUCACGUUCACUGGGAACCUGCUCCUCCUCCUGGCCGUCAGCUCUGACUCCCACCUCCACACCCCCAUGUACUUCUUCCUGGCCAACCUGUCCUUUGUAGACAUCUGCUUCACCUCCACCACCGUCCCGAAGAUGCUCUGGAACAUCCAGACACAGAGAAAACCUAUCACCUGUGCAGGCUGCCUCAGCCAGAUAUUUUUUUUCAUCGUGUUUGGAUGCCUGGACAAUUUACUCCUGACCGUGAUGGCCUAUGACCGCUUUGUGGCCAUCUGUCACCCCCUGCACUACAUGGUCAUCAUGAACCCCCAGCUCUGUAGGCUGCUGGCCGUGGGGUCCUGGUGCAUCAGUGUCAUGGGCUCCCUGCUCGAGACUUUGACCCUUUUGAGGCUGUCCUUCUGCACAAACAUGGAAAUCCCACACUUUUUUUGUGAUCUUCCUGAAGUCCUGAAGCUUGCCUGUUCUGACACCUUCAUCAAUACCAUGGUGGUGUAUUUUGUGACUAUUGUCCUAGGUGUUUUUCCUCUCUCUGGGAUCCUCUUUUCUUAUUCUCAGAUUUUCUCCUCCAUCCUGAAAAUUUCAUCAGCCAGGGGCAAGUACAAAGCCUUUUCCACGUGUGGGUCUCACCUCUCGGUGGUCUCCUUGUUCUAUGGCACGGGCCUCGGGGUCUACCUCAGUUCUGCAGCGACUUCAUCCUCUAGGACAAGUCUGGUGGCCUCGGUGAUGUACACGAUUGUCACCCCCAUGCUGAAUCCCUUCAUCUACAGUCUGAGGAACAGGGACAUGAAGGUGGCUGGGAGACUCCUCAGCAGGGCAGUGCCUCUCAGUGUUGGGGAACCAUUACAGGAUUCUCAUGAGUAA